GAUGGCGGGCGAGGGGGAAGACUCGCGGGCGCUCUUCGGGGCUGGCGUCCGCGCGGCGCUGGAGGCUUGGCCGGCCUUGCAGAUUGCUGUGGAGAACGGCUUCGGGGGUGUGCACAGCCAGGAGAAAGCCGAGUGGCUGGGAGGUGCCGUGGAGGAAUACUUUUUCCGCAAUGCUGACUUGGAACUAGAUGAGGUGGAAGACUUCCUCGGUGAGCUCAUGACCAAUGAAUUUGAUACAGUUGUGGAGGAUGGAAGCCUGCCCCAGGUGAGCCAACAGCUGCAGACCAUGUUCCAUCACUUCCAGAGGGGUGAUGGGACUGCUCUGAGGGAGAUGGCCUCCUUUAUCACCCAGAGGAAGUGCAAAGUCAGAGCCACCGCACUUACAACAGCCAGAGAGACUGACGAAGAUGAUGCAGACGAUGUGGAGGAGAUGGAGGUCACAGCUACGAUUGAUGGGGCAGCAACAGGUGGGGUUGGCCCCCAGCUUGAACCAGAGGGUCCAGACUCCCAGACUAUUAAGGAAGAAGAUAUAGUGGAGGAUGGCUGGACCAUUGUCCGGAGAAAGAAAUGAGUGGGGCUGGGAGUGGUUUGGGCUUUUGUUUGCUGAUUAUUUUGAGAUUGUAUGUAGGGGCUUUAGAGGGUUAUGAACCCCUGAACUGGUUACCCCAUUCCUACUCUCUCCCAGUUCCCCUGUCCUUCUCCCUCCAGAGGAAGAAGAGGUCUAAUAGGGUCCUUGGUUUUGGAGGUGAUGACACCUGGUUCACCAUGCCUCCUUAGCUCUUAAAUUACGAGUGGAGGCCUAUUUUACCAGAACAGUGCCUCUCCAGGUUGAGUCACUGUGAAAAGGGGGAUGAGUGGGUGUGGCUGGAGGAAAAGCUCAGUGCUGGUUGACAGUGAGCAAGUGGAUUUGAGAAGGGAGAGGGCCAGCCAGAGAACCAAUCUUCCUGCUGGAUCAGGAGUGGUGAAAUGAACAUAUCAACAGAAAAGAGAUUAGUUGAAGAUGUGAAAGAUAGUAGCUAUGAUAUCCCUCUUUCUCCUUCUAUCCAUAUACAUACAAAGAGAAACUGUUUCCCUGCCUAGUAUUUGGAAUUUCCCAGAACACUCUUUUCCUGCAGCCCAGCCUCCAGCCUUUAGGUAGGCUAAAGCCUUGGCUAGGUUGAGGGACUGGACUUUGUUUUCUCUUCCACCUCUUUUCUAAACUCUUCAUCUCAUCCCAUCCAAGUCCAGGGAUGAGGCUUAAGACUGUAAUAAGUAAUAUCUUACUGUUUAAUAUGUGGCUUUUCCUGUGAAUAACCUUGAAAUCAGCCUACAGGAAAUUGAGUUCAGCAAGGGAGCAGUUUCUGGGCCUACCCUAGCAGCCUGGUAUUUUGGACAAACAGAUGAAUGGAGCACAGCAGGGCUCUGAAAGUUUCCAUAAGCCUGAAAUAAACUGUAUUUUUCUU